AUGGGGAAAAUGGCACCUAUCGUCUUUAUUGUCAGACAUGGCGCACGUCUCGACGCUGCCGACAAGGACUGGCAUUUGACUUCCCCCACUCCCUACGACCCCCCGCUCUGCUACGGUGGUUGGAAUCAGGCUCGGGCUUUGGGUGUGCGGAUUGCAAGCCUCUUACAAGCACCUGAGUUUAUAGGGACAAAGCCCGAGGAAGACGUCGACCAAUCAUUCUCCCCAGAUGUUUUGACCAGUCCGCAGCCCGCAACUUCGGGUACACCCAACCGGUACAAUGUGAUAAUCCAUACCUCCCCCUACCUCCGAUGCCUCCAGACCUCCAUUGCCAUCAGCACAGGUCUGAACCAGUCCCACCACACCGAAGACUCUGAUGAUUCCCCUGCAGAUGUGGCGCGCCCAGACCUGCGGCCUUUGGUGCGCGUUGACGCGUUUUUGGGAGAAUGGCUGUCUCCGGACUACUUUGCCCAAAUCACACCCCCACCAAGCUCAGAUCGGAUGGUCGCUCUAGCGAAGGCAGAACUGCUACGUCGGGGUGAAAUGCUCCCUUCGGUGCGGGAAGGGACUAGAGCAUUGUCAGGCCAUUUCCCAGGUGGCUGGGGAAGCCAGUCUCAUCCGUCAUCCCCGAAUGAGGACCACAGCCAGCCUUCGAAGUCAGAAGGAUCGACCGAAGGAUAUAUUCACCGCCAACGUGCGAGUACCUGCGACAUACCUGGUCCCGCCUUGGGCCGCCUGGACAUCAACCGACCCACCAAGUCUAAUUCCUCUUAUGUGGCUCCGACCCCUGGCUAUGCGGUUUCCCCCGCAGAUCGCAUCCCCUCUGGCUACGUCACCCAUGCGCGGGACGCUUGUACCAAGAUCGACUACCAGUGGGAUAGCAUGCGGACGCCCUAUUGGGGCGCGGGCGGGGAGUACGGAGAAGAAUGGAGCUCCAUGCAAGAACGGGUCAGCGAUAGUUUUCAACAGAUGAUGGAUUGGUAUCAACAGCCGGAGUCUAGUGUAACUCGAUCCAGGUCUGCAACUAAUGAUGCGUUGCGCCAAGAUCGCUCUGCCCAAACCGUUCUCAUUAUCGUCACUCACGGUGCGGGCUGCAAUGCUUUGAUCAACUCCUUGGCUGGUCACCCCGUUAUUUUGGACAUUGGUACCUCCUCAGUAACGUUGGCCGUGCCACGUAACCGUUUACCAGUCACCACCCCCGACUCCGCUCAGACAAGCAAAUCUUUUGAACUGGCCGAUCGGACGAUCUCACACGAGUAUACCUUACAGCUGGUGGCAUCCACCGACCACCUACGACCAGGCACCAAUCCCUCCCAACUAACCUCGCUCGCAUCCCUCUCCGAUCCCCAACCGCCACCACAAACCUUCCGCAACCGCCUCGGCUCUCGGACCCAGCCCCUUCAGGCACCGUUUCCUCUUGGUCCUAUCUCAGGAUCCGCGAUGAGUCCUCAAGGAUGGGCUUUUGCUUCGCGUCCCUCAACGUCGGAUGUUCCUCGUAAAUCUGGACUCUGGGGCACCACUUCGCCCAUUGAGAAUGCAGACGAUGCGGAUGACUUUGUUCCUAAUUUCGGGGAUCAACGGCCGGUGAGCCAUGACUCUCCUCUUCCUGAUGUACCCUUGGACCGAACUGGAUGGACCAAAGAAUUGCCGAAGCGAACUCUCUCCCAGCGGGGUCUAUGGGGGAGUGCGCCGUCCCUGGAGGAUCGCGAUACAGCAUCAAGACGACGAUGGACGUUGGCGGAACAGAAGCUAUGA